AUGGCCUCGCAGCCCGUGACCACAGCCUCGCUGGAGUGCAGGGAAGAGUCCCAGGACAGCCAGCUGAUCCUGGAGGCUCUACGCGCUGAGCUAGGCGUGCCCUCGUCUGCGAACUCCCCUGUUCAGCCAUUCUCCCUGACAUGUCCCGAUAACGACCACGAUCGCAGCCGCGAACAAACUUCCAUACGACCCAAGCUAUCGCUCCCCCACGACAAGCAGUCUCAGACUCCCGAAUGUUUACCUUUGGCGCAGCACGGCUACGUCAACCAUAGAUCAUUUACUCUUCCCGCGCCACCGCCGCCGCCGCCGCCGAAGUCGCGCCCACCAAUCAACAAACAGGAACCGACAGAACGCCGCCCAAACCUCCGCCUGAUGCACCGCGUAGACAAUCGCGACGACGGCCCGGAAACCCAACUGCCAGACACGCUGCUCCCCGACACCUUUUUGCCACCAGCCUCCCAGGCGGUAGUCAACGGCGACGAUGACGUGCCGUCCGCACACGCAUCACUGCAAUCCGGCGCGACGCGAAAAGAAACAUCCCAGCAGACGCCAACGCAAGUCAAUGACGGCCGCGACUAUGAUAAGGGAUACGAACUGCCGUCCAGCGAGCAGGGUGCAAUUCUCGGUGAUACGCAGGCGUCGAAUCUCGAUGGCCGAACGCUGCACGAAGACGAUACUGGCGCUGUCAAUUUUGGCAGUGUAAUUGAUUUGCCGCGCCAAUCCUCACAGGUCUCCGAAGAUGCCGGCUUCGAAAAUGCUCGCGGAGGCUGGAGACUUCCAGACGACACACAGCAGAACUCCACACACACCCAGACCCCUUUCAAGAAUGGGAAUCUACCUCCGCCCGAGACGCCGGCUCUGCCAAAGAACCCAUUCGCGCCCAUGGGUGGUGCUGGUGCUGCCGCGGGCGCACCAGCGCCAUUGGGAGGUACGCAACUAUUCGGACAGACGCAACUGCUCACGUCGGCUGUCAAGAACAGCCCAACGUCUUCUCGCCCAUCGCCGAAUGUAUACAACUCCAUAUCACCAGGGUUUGCCGAGACAUCUCCCCUAAAAAAUCGCGCCAACGUCUCAUCGCCGACGGAUAUCAGGUCCUCAAGCCCGCAACGCCUUCACGAAGUACCGGCCACCAUCAUGAAAGGACCGCGUAUGAGCAUAAUAACCGAAGAAACACCAACUACGAGCAGGGUUUCCAAAGAGGAUAGAAUUCCAGAGUCUCCUACUCGCCCCCGAUCGAGCGAACGGCAACCGCUUGCACACUACGAGCCGAUGCAACAUUCGCAGGCACGCAAGACCAGCAGCGACUCUGUUGAUGUUGCUCUUUCGUUUGAUGGCGACACCCACGACACUGUCGAGCAGCUGGAAAGAAGGCGCCGAAUCGAGAGAAAGCGUGCGAGAGCCGGUGAGGAGCUCGAGAAAAUUGCCUUUACCCGACCAGCCAGAAUAAGUGAUCAUGCAGAAGCAAACGGGAAGAGGCGUCGCCUAAAGCAGCACAGUCAAUACAUUGCCCAGGAGGAUGAGCAAGCUCCUGCAGACUCUUCCGCCCACGGUGCACUGCGAGGUUCACACCCGCAGUCGCUGGAAUCAACCAAAGCAACGCCACGGGAGGAGGAGGAUGCUGCAGAAGCCGCUGUCGACGAGACUGCAAAUACCGGCGCUCAGCACCAAGGCGUAGCCGAUAUCGCAGAAUACGACAUGAUUCCGGCGACAAGCCCUGUACAGCUGACGCCUGCAGACGAGGCGAACCGAGCUGGAACUCCUGCUUCCGAACCUGAUCUGCCUAUUUUACGUGAAGAGCAGCAUGGGCUGAGCAGCGGCGAACCAUCGUCAUUGCCCCCAAUGAACAAUAGAAGAAAGACAUAUGGACGGCAAGCGAGAAGGGGACGCAGGAAUCUCAUCCUUGAUUCUUCAAAUUCGCAUACGACCUCGACAGGGGUAGAAUCUCUGAAAUGCGACGCUGCUGAAAAAGAUGCGCCAGUUGGAGAGGGUAUUAAUUCAAGCGCCGAACAUACACCAAUAGCUACUCGAUCCAGGUCGAAAAGGCAGAGCCCCGCAACGCCCAUGCCGCUCAGUGGUGAGGAGGCCCCAACCACAGCAUCUUCUUUGAGCGUUCUAUCGCCGUCGAACAGACUUGAUGUUGAAGCGAGACAAUCACUCACGCCUAGCAGAAGCCUACGCCGGCGCGCUGUAGAAAAGGAAUCUGCAAUACCCCCACCUUCACUAUCAUCGCGGAGCCUCCGCGCAUCGAAAAGACUACAUAAUGAGCCGCAGUCUUCCGGGCAGCCGCGUACGCCAUCCGACACUGGUGCUCCCUCAGCAUUUGUGCAGAGACUCUGCCGGAACCUCGACCCUGUGUACCGAGAGGAGCGUCAUCUUUUCGAUGGCAUGGUAUUUGCCAUCUCGGUAGCAGCAGACCGUGGUAAGCUCGAGACUCGCAUAGUCCAAGCUGGUGGUACAGUUUUGCAAGACGGUUUCCAGGAGCUGUUCCAAUCCCUGCCGUCCAUGACUGCCACAGACGGAGUAUCUGACGAUAAUACGGAUCUUUCUCUAUCCCAACGCGGUUUGGAUAGUGGCUUCACCGCCCUCGUCGCGGAUGCACACUCUAGAAAAGCCAAAUACAUGCAGGCGCUUGCCCUAGGACUGCCAUGUCUUGCCCAGCAAUGGAUCACGGCUUGUCUCCACAAAGGCGCUCUCAUUGACUGGCAGCCCUACCUGCUCUGCGCCGGUGCUUCUGCCGUCCUGGGGAAUGCGUUUCGCUCUCGAGGUCUACUGCCGUAUGCGGCCGACACGGCCGUUCUGGCCGAGACGAUUGACCAGCGACCGCGGCUCCUGCACGGCCAGCGCGUGCUAGUCGUCAUGGAUGGCAAAAAGGCGAAGAGCGAAGCCAAGCAGCCAUACAUUUUUCUAUGCCAAGCGCUCGGCCCGGCCAUUACUCGCGUGGCCACGGUCGAUCAGGGCCGCGCCGCGCUGGCGAAGAAUGCCAAGGGUGCUCAUCCGUUCACCUGGCUGUACAUUGACAAGGCGACGGGCACGGCGGAGGCAGUCUUGGCGCCGCCGAGUACUGCCGUCGGCAAGUCGAAGAAGAAGAGAAAAAUGCCGGUUGCGACGCAGACGGGUGCGGGUGUACGGGUACUGCAUGAUGAGUUGAUUAUUCAGAGUUUAAUCCUCGGGCGUAUUGUCGAGCCGGAGGAGGAGGACUCAUUUUGA